AGCGCAGUCUUUCCGGCCGGGCUCCCCUCUAAUUGGCCGGCUCAGAACUUCCUCGGGGACUCGGCCACUCGGGAGCAACGUGGCGGCUUCUCUAGCCGUUGUCCUGAGGUUCGGCCUCGCCCUUUCGGCUGCGAGCUCUUUAUGGUGCCGGCAGCGACAUGUGGCGCCUCCCGGGACUCCUGAGCUUAGCUCUUCCCCGUACGCUGGGACCUAGCCUCUGGAGGGUGACUCCCAAGUUCACCAGCCCAGAUGGGCCUCAGACUACCUCCUCCACCUUGCUGGUUCCUGUGCCUAACCUUGACAGGUCGGGUCCCCAAGGCCCAGGUAGGAGCAGGGGGCCAAAGUCCCAUGGAUGGAAGGAUGCCUUCCAGUGGAUGUCUGCCCGUGUCUCCCCGAACACCCUACGGGAUGCCAUAUCAUGGGGCACUCUGGCCGUGCUGGCCCUGCAGCUGGCAAGGCAGAUCCACUUCCAUGCAUCCCUGCCGGCAGGACCUCGCCGGGUGGAACAGUGCUCCUGGCACAGUCCUCUGGGCCGUUUCCUCUCAUCUCCCCUGUGGCACCCAUGCUCCUCACUGCGGCAGCACGUCCUCCCCAGCCCUGAUGGCCCAGCUCCCAGGCACACUGGCCUCAGAGAACCCAGGCUUGGCCAGGAAGAAGCCUCAGCUCAGCCCCAGAACUUCUCCUCACACAACUCCUCGAGAGCAGCUCGUCCUCAGGACCCCUUCUCUGAGGAAGGUCCCAGUGAUUUUGGCUUCCUGCAUGCCAGUAGCAGCAUCAAGUCCAAGGCAAAACCAGCCCAGCCUCAGCAUGCUGGUGAACAGGAACAAGAUAAAUCAAAAACUCUUUCCCUCGAGGAGGCUGUGACUUCCAUUCAGCAGCUCUUUCAGCUCAGUGUUUCCAUCGCUUUCAACUUCCUGGGAUUUUACAGUCCAAUUGAGGAGACAGGACUUGUACUUUCGAAACGGUUUAGAAAAAGGUUUGGUAUAUUAAGGACAGAGAACAUGAAGAGUGGUGACUACAAGGCAGCCUUUUCUUACUUCCAGAAAGCUGCAGCCCGCGGCUACAGCAAAGCGCAGUACAACGCAGGCUUGUGUCAUGAGCAUGGCAGAGGCACCCCCAGGGACAUCCGCAAGGCGGUCCUUUAUUAUCAACUGGCUGCUAGCCAGGGCCACAGCCUGGCUCAGUACCGCUAUGCCAGGUGCCUACUACGAGACCCAGCCCCUUCGUGGGCCCCUGAGCGGCAGAGGGCACUGUCCAUGCUGAAGCAGGCUGCAGACUCAGGCUUGAGAGAGGCCCAAGCUUUCCUCGGGGUGCUUUUCACCAAGGAGCCCUACCUGGAUGAGCAGAGAGCUGUGAAAUAUCUUUGGCUUGCAGCCAACAACGGGGACUCACAGAGCAGGUACCACUUGGGAAUUUGCUACGAGAGAGGCCUUGGUGUGCAGAGGAAUCUGGGAGAGGCCUUGAGAUGUUACCAGCAGUCAGCGGCUCUGGGAAACGAGGCCGCCCAGGAGAGGCUGCAAGCCCUCUUUUCCAUGGAGGCUGCAGCCCCGGGGCCCAGCGACCUGACAGUUACAGGACUGAAGUCUUUCUCCAGCCCCUCCCUCUGCAGCCUGAACACCCUGCUGGCAGGAACCUCACGCCUACCACAUGCCUCAAGCGCAGGGAACCUUGACCUUCUCUGCAGAAGUCGGCAUUUCAGAGCCAGCCCGGAAGCCCCCAGCAGGGCUGUCCCCCCACACCCCUGCCCACUGGAAAGGAGCGUCGUCAGACUAGGUUUUGGCUAAGGAAGAAGUUUCUUGCCCAAAUGCCUGGAUGUGUCUGCUUGACUUUCAGAACUUCUCACCUCAGCCCUAAAGAUGGAGCCUGUGGGUUCUCAGAUAUAUAUCACAAUUUGAGUCCCGAAGAAGAGGCCAGUUACCCACCCACCUUCCCCCAAACCCUAUGCACCUGCGCCAGCACAGUCAAGAAGAGGAGGGUGCGUAGACCCAGGUCUGACUCUGCCACUUGCUUGGCCAUUGCCACCUUGAAGCAGUUACCUGACUCCCUGGAUUGCUUCCUCAGUUGUAGACCAAAGGCAAUGGUGUCUGCCCUCCUGCCUUAUAAGACAAAUGCAAGGGCAUUUCACCACAGAGAAGACCUUGGUACUCACUUUGGCCCUGGAGGCGGUGAUGCCCAUGGGUGCGUGGCUUUAUGGGUCGCCAAGCCAGGAUGAGGUUACCUGGGCCUCCUGACUCCAGGGUUCUUGUCCAUCAGUUCACACUGCAGUUUUAUGUGAAAGCAUUAUUACUGUCCUACCCAUGGGAGAGUAAAUGUAGAUGGAGUGCUAGGAGUCUUAGAGCUGGAGAGUAUAGAUUUUGAGGUCCCCGUUUGGGAAAUGUGUGCCAGAAAUGUCUGGGUGUUUAAUAAAACAGAUAUUGGAAUAUCUCA